AGGUCCACGAAGUUAAAGAGCCCGAUAAAUUAAGAAAGCUCCCUGACAUUACUAAUGUGGGUUAUUAUAUAAUGUCUAAACAAUCGAAAACAAAGAGGAAAAAGAUGAGCGAACCCAGAACCCCUAAAGUGUUUGACUCCAAGUUCUACCAUGCACUCCGACCGCGCAAAAUCAGCAUACGUGAUAUCAAAGUCUAUCCCAUGAAACCAUUGGUUCCGGCAGAAUGUCCUUCUGACAGUCUUUCGCUGUCGAAGUCUGAGGAAACCCUGCUGGCUACCAAGGACUAUUAUAAAGGUCAGAAGCAUUCUGGUUAUUAUGACUUUGUGAAGAAUACUCGAACAGACCGAAACAGAUACAUUUGCAAGAGACUAGUCAGGAGGCUGUGCUUCUUCAUUAAGGCCAUGAGAGAGGAAAAAAAUGCUAUAAUGUUGGCGAAAUAUGCCAGUUAUGUCUCAAAAUUAAAACCCAGAUCUGCUGGUAGCGCAUUUAUAAGCAUGUUAUAGUGCAAUCCCUGAAGACGGGUCAGAUGACCGAAAACAAGAGGUUAUCAAAGAACAUGGCCGACAGGAUCCUCACGAAAUAUCUGGCUCCCGACCAAAAUCCGAUGAAGGU